AUGGAGGUGGACCCCUCGCCGUCGCCGCGCUCGUCCAGGCCGCCGCCACCGCCGCUGGCGGCGACGCCGAGCUACUUCGACCCGGAGUCCUCCGGCCGCCGGGAGGAGUACCGCCGUUACAGAAAGAGAUUGUCUUCUUCAAAUGUCUCUCCUCUGCUGGGAAGCUCACUCUCCAAGUCCUCUGGACCAAGGCUGUUAUACGAUGGAGAAAGCAUCCCGAGGCGGCCUAAUGCUGGUUUACUCCUUGAAGACAUAAAGCAGGAGGCUGCCGAUUAUUCCAACAUAGAAAGCUUGGAUGGAUCGAGACUGUACAGUUCAGCGAAAAGGACAUCUCUUGAUGGCGGUUCUGCAUCAGACGUGGCUUACAGUUCGGGCAGGCAAGCGGUGAGGCAGACGCUGAAACCAGUCAAACUGGAGGACGACAUAUAUGUGCCACAUGAAGGAGAAACGUCUUUUACAAUGUUUGCAACUCUCCUCGAUUCUGCGAACCAAGGUUUGAUGCCCUUCCCAGAUGUAAUUCAACAAUUCGAGAGGACAUGUCGAAAUGCUUCCGAGUCAAUCAGAUCUGCUGCCACUGGAAAGCUUCGGAUGGUGGACAAUAAACUUAUGCAGCAAAAGGCACAACUUUUACUGGACGAAGCUGCUUCCUGGUCACUUCUUUGGCACCUCUAUGGCAAAGGACAUGAGGAGCUUUCUGGAGAGCUGUUGGUGCCGCCAAUUACAUCCCAUCAGGAGGCUUGCCGCUUUGUUGCAGCAGACCUUACAGCACAACUGUGUCUGCGGAUCAUACUUUGGCUUGAAGGUCUUGCUUCUGAAGCUCUUGAUUUGGAGAAGAAGGUGAGAGGACAUCAUGUUGGUUCAUACCUACCAAGUUCUGGUGUUUGGCACCGUACACAGAGGUACCUAAAAAGAAAUAAUAAUGAUUCUACUAUAGUGAAGCAUGUGGAUUUUGAUGCUCCAACUCGUGAAGGAGCCCAACUUCUUCCUGAUGACAAGAAGCAAGAUGAAUUGCUUCUAGAAGAUAUAUGGACUCUUCUAAGAGCAGGAAGAUUAGAAGAGGCAUCUGAGUUGUGCCGUUCUGCUGGCCAGGCAUGGAGAGCUGCCACUCUUUGUCCUUUUGGUGGCAUAGAUAUGUUCCCUUCCCUGGAUGCAUUGCACAAGAAUGGAAAGUACAGAACACUACAAGCCAUUGAAUUAGAAAGUGGUGUUGGGCGGCAGUGGCAUCUUUGGAAAUGGGCAUCGUAUUGUGCUUCAGAGAAAAUUGCUGAGCAAGAUGGAGGCCAUUAUGAGAUGGCUGUAUAUGCUUUACAGUGCAGUAACUUAAAGCGUGUCUUACCAAUCUGUACUGACUGGGAGUCAGCUUGUUGGGCAAUGGCAAGAUCCUGGCUAGAUGUUCAAGUGGAUCUAGAAUUAUCUCAGUACCAAACAAGUAGACCAGAUGAAAAGCAGCUUGAUGAUGACAUGAAUGGAGCCCAAAGUUCAGUUGGUCCAGAAAGUUGGCCAUACCAUGUUCUUGAUCAGCAACCUCGUGAUUUAACUUCUCUUCUGCAGAAACUCCACUCAAGGCCCCUUGAUGACCCUGAGAUGAUACGCUUCGGGGCACAUAUUGUUCUUGUGCUGAGGCACCUUUUCAGUGAUGAAAUGGACGAUGAGUUGGAUGAAAAACUGGUUACUGUUGGUGAUCUCAUCAUCAACAUGUACGUGAGGUAUUUGUUCUUAGAAGAUCAAGAAGAGUUGGUUGGAGUAUAUGCCUCUCAGCUUCAACAUGACCUUUGCAUUAAUUUGUUUGUGGAAAUGAUGGAACUAAGGUUAAAUAGCAGUUUGCAUACUAUGUACAAGCUCUUCCUUUCUGCUGUGGAAUAUCUGCCAUUCUCAUCUGAUGAUGCAUCCAAGGCUUGUUUUGAAGAGAUCAUUGAAAGGGUGCUUUCAAGAUCUCGACAAACAAAACCCAGUAAGUAUGAUGAGGAUUUCUCUGAUGUUGCGCAUCAACAUCACCUGCAAUCACUUCAAAAGGCAAUGGUUAUUCAGUGGCUUUGCUUCACGCCACCAUCCUCGAUUCCAGACUUUCAAAUGAUCACUGGGAAGCUUCUGAUACGGGCAUUGAUGCAUAGCAAUACACUGUUCAGGGAGUUUUCCCUGAUAUCAAUGAGGAGAGUCCCUGAGCUACCAGCAGGGCCACACAAGUUGCUUGCCAUUUUAGCUGAACCGUUAAAGCAAAAAGAAAAUUUAAUUUCACUGGAAGAUCCGGAGGUAUCUGAUAACUUAAUGGAGUUUGAAGAUUGGCAUGAAUAUUACUCCCUGGAUGCGACUUACCGCAGUUGGCUUAAAAUUGAGAUGAAGAAUGCCGCUGUUUCUCCUGAGAUGCUUUCGGCAGAGGAAAAGGAUCAAGCUGUUGCUGCAGCUAAAGAAACACUGGACUUGGCAUUCUUGUUACUAUGCAGGGAUGAAAGACCAUGGUUGUAUGCUGUUGAGAGCAGUCCAUUUGAAUCCCCAGAGGUUAUUUUCCUUGAGCUGCAUGCUUCUGCAAUGCUCUGCCUACCUUCUGGCGAAUGUAUGUUACCAGAUGCAACAUCAUGCACAGCUUUGACAAGUGCACUAUAUUCAACUGUCAGUGAAGAUGAUGUGCUGCAUCGCCAGUUGAAGGUGGAUGUCGAGGUCUCUUCUAGAGAUCCAUGCUGUAUUGAAGUUGCUCUUCGCUGCUUAGGAGCAGAAGGUGAUGGAUAUGGGCUUCAUGAAGCCAAUGCUGGAGGUCUUCUUGCCGCAAUCAUGGCUGCUGGCUUUAAAGGUGAACUCAGUCGAUUCCAACCUGGAGUUUCAAUGGCAAUUUCACGGCUUGAUGCUUGGUAUUCUGAUGGGAGUGGCUCUGUGGAGAGCACUGCUGCUUACAUAAUUCGAGGGCUGUGUCGGAGAUGCUGCCUUCCUGAAACAAUUCUAAGAUCUAUGCAGGCAUGUAUCGCACUCUCCGCAGCAGGUGAUUCUCUAGAUAACUGUGACAAACUAAUUGAGUUAGUUGGUUCAGCCGAGUCUGGAAUGAUGCAUUUGUUCAGCCAGCAGCAGUUGCAGAUGCAACACGAAAUCCAAGAUUUUGUUCAUGAUAAAACAAUGUUCUCUGGAGUCUUGGUGAAUUUUGGUAAAAUCCUCGCCGCUGUGCACACGCUCUCCUUCGGGGAGGCGGGGGCUCAGCGCUUUGUAACCGGCGUCACCACCGCGCUCAACUGCCGCCACCGUGGCGCCCGCUCUGCGUCGCGUUCGACGAGUUCGGCUUCCGCGGCGGGGAUGAUGCCACUAAGGCCGUGGACGGCUGGCUCUCGUACGCCGUGCAUGGCGCCGGCGAGAGGAUGGAGAUCGACCUGCGCCUCGGCACGGAACCCAUUUGCGAUUGGGCGUACGCCCUUCGCUCUGGAUGGACAUGAACCCGGUGACGCCAUCGAGCAAGAGCACGACGCAAGGAAAAUGGACAUGCACUACGAGAUGGCGGAAGGACAAGACGAUGACGCCGACGACGUUGAUGACGCCGACGACGUUGAUGACGCCACCGCUGCCACCGCCGAUGUCACCACCGAUGAACGACGGGCCCGAUCGGGUCGAGGAGUACGUCGUCCGAGAAGCCUCUUCUCCUCCAGCGCCGUGCUACGCGCACUCCGCCUCGGCCGCUGCUGCAUCGAGUGUUGGAACCGGUGGUGA